AGUUUUCUAAGAUUUUCACCAAAAUAAUGAAUAAUUAUUUAAUAAUAUUACUGUUAUUUUGUGUGAUAUAUCAAUCAAGUAUACCGUUAUGUUGGGCCCAGACAUACCGGUGCGAUGUCGAGGAAAAGGUGACAAAUAAGGCACUGAAAGAGAUCUUUCUAUUCGCGGCCGACAAACAAAAAUUUCCCACAAAUGGCGCCGAAAUGAAGGGCUAUUGCGACGCAAACAUUCAGAAUGAGAAAGUGAUUAAGACUUACGGCGACAAGUGUCUCAAACCUAACACCAAACGCAUAGUGAAUUUGCUGAUAUAUUCAAUCGUGAAAAAUGGUGCAAGUACGUGUAAGUCUAAACGCCGUAGUCUGGACUUUCAGCGAGCAGGCAAAUGCGGUAAUGCUGGUCAGCCUGGUAAUCGCAAGUGUUGGGACGAGUGGGUGAUUGCAUCGGGUGGUAUAGCCGUGAUUGAUGAUCAUAAAAUGAAAAUUCCACUUUCAUGC